CGCUCCCUAUUUGAAAAGACCGUGUUUGACGAUAACACUUUCAAUUUGAGGUCCUCCGAUUGCUCCGCUACUGCACUUUGGCAAUAAAAGAGAGUCGUAAUGUGUGCCAGGAACCAUCCUAGCCUCACAGCCCUGACGGUGUCCCGUCCCUCCCAAAGUUAUGUUCUAUGCAGUCAAUCGCUUCCUUGUGCUUAUCAGGGCCAACGCAAGGAUCAAAUUCAUCAUGCUGCAAUCUGUCUUGGCUUCGUGCCUAUCUAACGCUGAUUGCGACCUAUACUUUGACCCGCAAUGCUCGCAAGUCACCUUCGUCGCCCGCUCCACGAUGCCGCCGUAGUUGUAUACCUUUAUAUCCCGUGCUUGAUCCCGAGGCAACCUCACUGUUCCGCCGUAGUUAUAAAUGGAAAGUGUGGGCCGAACAACUUGGCUGGGGCGUGUACGACGGCUAACAAGCUGUC